GCUCUUCGCCCAGCAGCCCCCGACUUCAGCUUCUCCCUCCCUCCCCGUCGCAUCCAACUCCCACUCACCACCAUGGCGGACGACGCGCAGCAUGAGCACACGUUUGAGAGCGCCGAUGCCGGUGCCUCGCUCACCUUCCCCAUGCAGUGCUCUGCGCUGAGGAAGAACGGCUUCGUGUGCAUCAAGAGCCGUCCCUGCAAGAUCGUCGACAUGAGCACCUCCAAGACCGGAAAGCACGGCCACGCCAAGGUCCAUCUCGUCGCCAUUGACCUCUUCACCGGCAAGAAGCUCGAAGAACUGUGCCCUUCGACCCACAACAUGGACGUGCCCAACGUCUCGCGCCGCGAGUACCAGCUCCUCGACGUUACCGACGACGACUUCCUUUCCCUCAUGACCGAUGAUGGUGCCACCAAGGACGACGUCAAGAUCCCCGAUGGCGAAAUCGGCGACAAGAUCAGGAAGCUGUUUGUCGACGAGGGCAAGGACACCAACGUUAUCAUUCUCACUGCCAUGGGUGAGGAGGCUGCCAUUGACGCCAAGGAGGCUCCCAAAUAAAUGACUCGUUGGUUAUGUAGACUGUUUGACAGGAAGCGAGGCGCCGAAUUCGAACAGCCUACGGUGAGGGCUGUGACCCUCUUUGCAUGCCUUGUGCAAAGUUGCAGCCCGGUGGCAAGUGUAGCAUUCUCCUGUGCGAUUUGCGCUGGGCGACCAGUGCUGGACGUUCUGCGAAGGGUUUUGGCUUCUUUGAAUUGCCAUGUGUGGGAAACAUAUCACAAAUCAUUUCCCUAUCUAGAUAUAUAUCCCUUAUGCUCCGGGCAAUGAAUAAAAGGUGAUGAUGUUACGGCAACUUGUCGACCUUCUCAUUGGCUGUUUGAACUUGGUGACGG